AUGGAACUGACGACGAUGUUCAACUCUUACGCUCCAGAAGUGCCACCGGACAAUAAAAGGAGGAAGAAGACGUCUCCGUCAUUGUCUGGGUUAUCAUUGUUACCAGAUGAGAUAGCUCUUAUAUGUUUGGCUCGCGUUUCUAGAUUUGACCACGCGGCCUUAUCUCUCGUCUCCAAGAGCCACCGCUCACUCGGAGCCUCCCCUGAGCUCUUCUACUUGAGAAGGGAGAUGGGUUGCACUAACGCAUCGCUUUACGUAUGCAUGUGCGUCUUUCCUGACCCAGCUCCACGCUGGUUCAUCCUAACCCCUAAUCGAUGGCUAAACCCCAUCCCGUCGAACCCUUAUCAGGCUCCGGGUGCAUCUUGUUUCGUGGCGGUGGAUGGGGGCAUCUAUGUUAUCGGUGGACUCAUAGACGACGGUAUUCCCACUUCGGAUGUCUCGUUCCUCCACUGUUACUCUCACACAUGGCACUGUGUCACAUCCAUGAAUACACCUCGAGCUUCCGCAUUGGCAAGCUCAAGAGAUCAGAAUUCAUGA